AUAAUCUAGUGGACGGGACGGGACACUUCUUCAACAAGGACGACAAGCUACUGAUUAAACCACAUCGGUUGUUCGCUAGCAAACAUAAAACCGGUAAUAUUUAGACAAUUUGUGUGUAUAUUAACCUCGGUGUUUUAAACACACUGUUUACUAGUUACUUUAAUAUUUACGUUGUCAGCUAGCUAGCUGUUUUAGUUAGCACUGGGAUAGUCUAACGUUCCCGACCAUGAGUUCACUAUCCUACUCCCCACCUGCUAAAGAAGAGGAGGACUGCUGGACGGAGAAAGAAGGUCCAGUGAAAGAGGAGAAGGAAGAGGAGGCUAUCACGGUUAAAAGGGAAGUAGAGGGUGAGGCUGUUUCAGUGAAAGAGGAAGACGUUUCAGUGAAAGAGGAGGUGGAUGUUACUGUGGAAGAAGAGGAAGGCGCGUUCAGAGUGAAAGAAGAGGAGGAUGCAGUUGAAAAAGUGAAAGAGGAGGAGGAUGAGAUUACUGUCACAGUUAUAGAGGAGGAAGAAGAGAAGAAUGGAGAUCUGAUUAACACCAGAGAGAGACAAGACUCUCACUCUGACAGCGAAAAGCGUCUUUCAGAAGAACCAGAGACGUCCAAAUCAGCAAGACGACGCCACUCUUCCCAGUGUGGAAAGAGUUUGACCAAGUUAGGGAGCCUUAAAAACCAUGAUAUUACACACACAGGAGAAAAGCCCUACCAAUGUUCCCAGUGUGGAAAGAGUUUUACAAGGUUUUGGAACCUAAAAGAACAUGUGAGGACACACACAGGGGAAAAACCUCAUCACUGCUCCCAGUGUGGAAAGAGUUUUAUCCGGUUAAGCCACCUGAAAGAACACAAGAGAACGCACACAGGGGAGAAGUCUUAUUACUGCUCCCAAUGUGGAAAAGGUUUUAUCCAGUUAAGGAAACUGAAAAUGCAUGAAAUGACACAUACAGGGGAGAAGCCCUACCACUGCUCAGAGUGUGAAAAUAGAUAUGUUUCAUCAGGAGCCCUGAAGUCACAUAAGAGAACACACACAGGGGAGAAGCCAUACCUCUGUUCCCAGUGUGGAAAGAGUUUUAGCUGGCCAGGGCAACUGAAAGAGCACGAGAGGACACACACAGGAGUGAAGCCUUACUAUUGCUCCCUGUGUGGAAAGAGUUUUACCCAUUUAGGGAACUUAAAAAGGCAUAAAAGAUCACACGCUGUAGAGAAGCCGUAUCAAUGCUCCCAGUGUGAAAACGUGUUUUUAUCACCAUGGGACCUGAAAAAACAUGAGAAAACCCACUCUGUAGAGAGGCCUUUCAAAUGCUCUCAGUGUGGAAAGAGAUUUAUUCAGCGUUGUCAUUUGAAAGCGCAUGAAAAAAUACACACAGGCGAAAAACCAAUGUGCUCUCAUUGUGGAAAGAGUUUUACCCAGUUAGGGAGCCUAAAAGAGCACGAGAGGACACACACGGGAGAGAAGCCAUACCACUGUUCCCGGUGUGGAAAGAGUUUUACCCGGUUAUGGUGCCUGAAAGCACAUGAGAGAAUGAAGAAGCUGUGUUCUGACUUACAAGCUCUGGGGCUGAACAUUAUCGUGGUAGAAGAGGAGGAUAUCACAGUGAAAGGAGAGAAAGAAGAUUUCAGAAUUAAAAAGGAGGAUGUUAUAGUGAAAGAAGAGAAAGAACCGUUUGGAAUGGAAGAGGGAAUAGAGUAUGUAACAGUGGAAGAGGAGGAGAUAGAAGCUUUCAGAAUUAAAGAGGAGGAAGUUACAGUGAAAGAAGAGAAAGAACCGUUUGGAGUGAAAGAGGGGGUAGAGGCUGUCACAGUGGAAGAGGUGGAGAUAGAAGCUUUCAAAAUGGAAGAGGAGGAAGUUACAGUGAAAGAAGAGAAAGAACCGUUUGGAGUGAAAGAGGGGGUAGAGGCUGUCACAGUGGAAGAGGAGGAGAUAGAAGCUUUCAAAAUGGAAGAGGAGGCUCCCUCAAUAAAAAAGGAGGACAUUUUGGGAGUGAAAGAAAGGGAAGAAAUUGGGGAGGAGACUGAAGACCUGAUUAACACCAGAGAGAGACCAGACUCUCCAUCUGACAAGAGUCCUUCAGGGGAAACAGACCCAGGGAGGAGACCUUCAGGGGAACCAGACCCAGGGAGGAGACCUUCAGGGGAACCAGACUUAGGGAAGAGUCAUUCAGGUGAACCAGACUUGGGGAAGAGUCCUUCAGGGGAACCAGACCUAGAGAGGAGACCUUCAGGGGAACCAGACCUAGAGACUGCCAAACCAGUAGGACGAUACUGCUGCUCCCACUGUGGAAGGAGAUUUACCAAGUUACACAACCUAAAAGAGCACGAGAGGACACACACAGGAGAAAAGCCUUUCCAAUGUUCCCAGUGUGGAAAGAGUUUUAGCCGGUUAGACAGCCUGAAAAUGCAUGAAAGAAUUCACUCUGGAGAGAAGCCUUACCAAUGCUCCUAUUGUGUAAUGAGUUUUUCACGAUCACAGGCCCUCAAAAGGCAUGAGAGGACACACACAGGAGAAAAGCCUUUUCAAUGCUCCCAGUGUGGAAAUAGUUUUACCCUGUUGGCACACCUGAAAUCACAUGAGAGGACGCACACAGGAGAAAAGCCUUUCCAAUGUUCCCAGUGUGGAAAGAGUUUUACCCGGUUAAGGACCCUAAUUAGGCACCAAGGAAUACACAAAGAAGGAAGGAAGACCUUCCAUUGCUCUCUGUGUGGAAAGAGUUUUACUGAGUUAUGGGGCGUGAAAAUACACGAGAGAAUUCACUCUACACACAGAGGAGAAAGGCCUUUCCAAUGCUCCCAAUGUGGAAAGCGUUUUUGCCAGUUAGGGAACCUGAAUUUACAUAAGAUAAUUCACUCUGGAGAUAAGCCUUACCACUGCUCUCAGUGUGGAAAGAGCUUUAUUCGGUCAUGCCAUCUCAAAGAGCAUGAGAAAACACACACAGGGAAAAGCCCUUCCAAUGUUCCCAGUGUGGGAAGAGUUUUGCCCGGUUAUGGAACCUAA